AUGUCUCAAGACAGUACAGAGAAGAAUUCCAGACCUGGUCUCAAGAGAAAACUAAAGACCCAUACGAUUGAAACAAAGUUUCAAGCCAUCGCUGAUGUUGAAAAAGGAAGAGAUAGUAAAGCGGCCAUUGCGAAGAAGUGUGAAAUCCCCCCAGCACCUUAUCAACGUGGAUCAAGAAUGCCGAGAAGAUCAAUGUGGCCUACAAACAGAGCGCAUUCGGACCACAGGAAAAGAAGAUUAGAACGGCGACCUACAAAGACACAGACCAAGCAGUUCUGCAAUGGUUCAAAACAGCCAGAGACCAAAAUGUUCCAGUGUCCGGGCCCCUUCUCAUCGCUAAAGCACAGGAGUUCGCUUCUCAGCUUGGCGAUGAGUUCAAGUGCACCACUGGGUGGCUCGAGCGCUUCAAAGAGCGCUUCUCAGCUUGGCGAUGAGUUCAAGUGCACCAAUGGGUGGCUCGAGCGCUUCAAAGAGCGCCAUAACAUUACCUUUAAACGUGAGUGUGGCGAAUCAAAGGCCAUAAAUGAGGGUACUGAUCAAAUGACAGAGUGGUCUUCCACUCUUCAGACCCUCUUAGGUGAAUACAGUCACAGUGACAUCUUCAAUGCCGAUGAAAUGGACUGUUUUAUUCGCCUACUACCCGACAAAACUCUCGAGUAUAAAGGGGUAGAUUGUCUGGAUAACAUCAGAGCUCUUUACAGCCUGGCUGAGAAAACUGGACAGACGCUUUCAGCACCAGAAACGCCAUGA